AUGACUACUGAGUUCAAUGCUCUUAUUAAAAAUAAGACGUGGGGAUUAGUCCCGCGUACAUCAGAUAUGCAUGUUAUACGUAGUAUGUGGUUAUUCCGUCACAAAUUCCGUUCUGAUGGCACUUUGGAGAGUCCUGGUCUAUACAUCAGUUGGACGUUACUAAUGCUUUUUUGCAUGGGAAUCUUUGUGAAACAGUAUACAUGUAUCAACCUAUGGGUUUCGUCAUCAACGAGCAAGUGUGACAACUCGCUUUUCAUAUAUCACCAUGGCCAUGACAUUGCUUAUUUAUUGAUUUAUGUUGAUGAUAUUAUCCUCAGUACAUCUCAUGAUACGUUACGUGUUCAUCUCAUGCAACAACUAGCGGCUGAAUUUGAUAUGAAGGAUCUGGGCCCUUUGAGGUAUUUUCUAGGAAUUAAUGUCACCCGACAGGAAAAUCACAUGUUUUUAUCCCAACAGUCAUAUGAUAUGGAUAUUAUUGACCGUGCUGGUAUGUCUUCUUGUAAGUCUGUGGCUACUCCUGUUGACACCAAAUCUAAAUUAGGUGCAACCUCGAGUUCCCUCUUUGAUGAUCCUACACUUUAUCGUAGUCUAACCGACACCCUUCAAUAUCUUACAUUCACCAGACUUGAUAUUAGUUAUGCAGUUCAGCAGGUCUGCAUGCAUAUGCAUUCUCCUCGCAUUGAUCAUUGGAAUGCUCUUAAACGAAUCAUUCGGUAUCUUCAGGGCACCUCCUCUUAUGGACUGACGUUGGGAUCAUUCACAUAUUUUUCAUUACGAGCUUAUACUGAUGCUGACUGGGCCGGAUGUCCUGACACAAGACGUUCAACAUCUGGUUAUUGUGUCUAUUUAGGCACCAAUCUCUUAUCAUGGUCCUCAAAACCCCAGGUAGUUGUUUCUCGGUCUAGUGCGGAGGCUGAAUACAGCGGUGUCGCUAAUGUAGUUGCUGAACUGUGUUGGCUUCGAAAUUUGCUUUUGAAACUACAACGGCCCUUACGAACUGCAAGCAUUGUUUAUUGUGAUAAUAUUAGUGCCGUCUAUCUCUCCGGGAAUCAUGUUCAACAUCAACGUACCAAACACAUUGAAUUAGAUAUUCAUUUUGUUCGUGACUUGGUACAACACGGCACAGUUCAGGUUCUUCACAUUCCUUCUCGUUACCAGAUAGCAGACAUAUUCACCAAAGGUCUCCCUCAGGUCUUAUUUGAUGAUUUCAGAUCCAGUCUCAGCAUUCAGCCUCCUCUUGCUUCAACUGCGGGGGUGUAA